GCUGCUGGGGCGAGUACCACGUAGCACACCGACAACGCUUAAGGUGACCGAUGAAAAUUGCAGUACGUGAGUUUCCUCAGUGUAGAACAGCCUCAUCGUGGCGACAACGCCGCUGAACAGGAGAUGUUGGAAAUAGGGGUCAUAUCCACGGGGAUGCAAAUGUUUAACGUAUUUUGACGUCAACAAGAUGGAGCAGUAUUGUCACCGCAACUCGACGCAGGUCAAGGCUAGAAGAAGGCUGUUUGCAUUACGGAACGAACAUUGGUCGGAGGGCGCCAAUAAGGAGCUGGGGGCCAUCGUUGGCUCCGCGGAUGGCCUACGCCGCCGCACAGGGGCUGGCGUCAAAGGCGGGGGCGGACGAGCAGUCGCCGCUUCUCCCCUCUCCGGACUCCGUGGCCCGUCCGAAAGCUGCUGCCACGGCGCCAACGCCGGCAGCACGAAAACUAGGACGAUGUUGCAGCAGCGGCCUUCACCGGCACAAUUGCAAGCGCUAGCUCCGCCGAAAUGCCCUUGGAUCGCCGCUGACCCGGAAACCGGCGGGGUGAGGCCGGGGUGCGCUUGCUCGUGCAGCUUCUGCCGUUGCGUCCGAGCCGAGGAGCCUUGAUACUCCCCCUUGUCCGCGCAUCGGCGUGAC